UUGAAUUAACCUAAGGCAGAGUUGUCUCUGCCUUAGCCAUUAGCUAUUAAGCAAAUUCAUCCACCAUGGUGUUCCAAGAUUUCGACCAAAUCUCCGAACGCCGACGAGCCGAGAGGGCACGUAAGUUCCGGAAGAGAGUCAUCAUUGCCGUCGUCUCGGCCUCUGUCAUCCUGCUCGUUGUUGCGGCAGCAGUGUUCGUUCAAGUCUCUUCCUCCAAAUCCACCACCAAAAAUGAUGACAGCGGCAGUAGCAGUGGCAACUCCAAACAACCCCUGCCACCAGAAACAAAACAAGUAUCACGUGUCGAGAAAAUGAUUACCAUGAUAUGCAACUCCACGGACUACAAAGGAAAAUGCGAGAGCACGCUGAAGGAUGGUGUCCACACAGAUCCUAAUUCCUCCGACCCAAAAGACCUCAUCAAGCUGGCAAUCUCGGCAGCUGCGCAUGAAGUGAAAUCUGCGGUGAAAAAGGCAUCAGGGUUCAACUUUGCGACCCCGGAGGAAAAGGGAGCGUUCGAGGACUGCAAGGUGCUGUUGGAAGACGCAAUAGAAGAGUUGGAGAUGUCAAUGAGCGAAGUGAACAAGAAGAAUAUGGGAAAGCUGACGGCAAAAACGACACCGAAUCUGAACAAUUGGCUAAGCGCGGUGAUGUCGUAUCACGAAACUUGUGUUGAUGGUUUUCCAGAGGGGAAGAUGAAGAGUGACAUUGAGAAGGUUGUGAAGGCUGGAAAGGAAUUAACAAGUAAUUCAUUGGCGAUGAUUUCGCAGGUGGCUUCAUUCUUCUCGACGUUUGAGAUGCCGGAGGGAGCUGCAUCACGACGUCGUCUAAUGACCACGAAUGGAGUGCCGACUUGGAUGGACAGAAAUCAGCGGAGGAUGUUGAAGGGAGCUGCGGCUGGAGAAAAGCCAAAGCCUAACGUUGUGGUCGCGAAAGAUGGCUCUGGAGAAUUCAAAACGAUCAAUGAAGCCUUGGCAGCCAUGCCGGCCAAAUAUGAUGGACGGUACGUGAUCUACGUGAAGGAAGGAAUCUACGAUGAGACCGUAGUGAUUACUAAAAAGAUGGUGAAUGUAACAAUGUACGGAGAUGGAUCUCAAAAGAGCAUGAUCAGUGGAAGCAAGAACUUUGUGGACGGGGUUAGAACCUUCCAAACCGCGACAUUUGUGGCACUUGGAGAGGGGUUCUUGGGGCAGGCCAUAGGAUUCAGAAACAUAGCAGGUCCAGAAAAGCACCAAGCCGUAGCGGCGAGAGUCCAAGCGGACAGAGCCAUAUUCGUGAACUGCCGGUUCGAGGGAUACCAAGACACAUUAUACACCCAAGCACAUCGUCAAUUCUACAGAAGCUGUCUGAUAACAGGAACCAUAGACUUCAUAUUCGGGGACGCGGCAGCCAUUUUCCAAAACUGUAACAUGAUGAUAAGAAAGCCGUUGGACAACCAACAGAACAUGGUGACAGCACAAGGAAGAACCGACAAACAUGAAACCACAGGGAUUGUCCUACAAAACUGCAAGAUAUUGCCGGAUAAGACACUUGAGCCUGUGAAGUCACAAUUCAAAAGCUACUUGGGAAGGCCAUGGAAAGAAUUCUCAAGAACCAUUGUAAUGGAGUCAACGAUUGAAGAUGUGAUUCAUCCAGAUGGUUGGAUGGCUUGGGAAGGGGAUUUUGCACUCAAAACCUUGUACUAUGCUGAAUUUAACAACAAAGGGCCAGGGGCUAAGACCGAUGCUAGGGUCAAAUGGCCUGGCUACAAGGUGAUCGAUAAGGAUGAGGCUGCAAAGUUUACAAUAGGAACUUUUCUAGAGCUGGAUUGGAUCGAGAGCACCUCGGCUCCUGUUCAUGUCGGCCUAUUUUGAUAUAAACACAGAAUCCUUUUUCAUUUCGCUUCGCCUCUCUUUAAUUUCUUUAUCUAUUUUUCUUUUUCUUUUUUAAUUUCAUUUCUACUUGUACCUUAUACGUAUACCACACACCCAUAUAUACCUCUAACACAAAACUAUUCAUUGGUAAUAUUUAAAAAAACUAAAACAUUUUCUUUCG